AUGAACAAUCCAACAUACACCAUCAUCCAAGCCGAUGGCCUAUAUGGCGACACCACCAUCGAAAACAAAAUCUUCCACCCAUACAAUGUCACUUACCUCGAAACCAACCUCUCCCCAGCAGGAGAUCCAGCCUGCAAGCCGUGGUCUAGCAUUGACGCAUCCCUCCGAGAAAAGGUCGACGGGAUUACCAUCUUAAAACCGUCUUUCACGGCGGAGGAUUUGGAUUUAUUUCCGCGGUUGAAAGUACUCGUCCGCAUGGGCGUAGGCUACGACCGCGUUGAUCGCGCCGCUCUCGCAAAAAAGGGCGUCAUCCUCUGUAACAUCCCAGACUACGGCACAGGCGAAAUAGCAGACCACACCCUCGCCCUUGCCUUGUCCCUUCGUCGCGGCAUCAUCCUCUACCACGAUACCCAACGCUCCUCUCCCCCCGCUUCAUGGACAUACAUCGAGUCACCUCUCAUCUCGCGCAUCCAACAAAAGACAUUCGGCAUCGUGGGCCUCGGUCUAAUUGGCAUGGCAGUUGCCCUCCGCGCAAGAGCGUUCGGGUGGAACGUCCUCAUCUACGACCCCUUCGCCGUCAAUGGUGUGGAGAAAGCGCUGAAUGUCCACCGGACGAGGGAUAUCCAGGCACUUUUCCGAGAAAGUAGUGUGAUCAGCGUACAUUGUCCUUCGACACCACAGACACAGAAUCUAGUCAACUAUGACCUCCUCAAAUUCAUGGCUCCGGGUGGUAUACUGAUUAACACUGCCCGUGGGGAAGUCGUCGAUCUCGAUGCCGUUGAGAGAUGUCUAAAAGAAGGCAUACUAGGAGGUGUUGGACUGGAUGUCGUCCCCGACGAACCUAUUCCUGUUGAUGGUCCUGUCCAUCCCCUGCUACAGGAAUAUCGCGAUAAAGCAGAGUGGUUACAGGGGAAAAUGGUGGUGACGCCUCAUAGUGCGUAUUACAGUCCUGAAAGUCUGCUGGAUAUCCGGGUUAAAAGCGCGGAGAUUAUGAGGGAUGUUCUGAUAAGACAAUUGAGAGUUAAUGUCAUAGCUUAA